UCAUUCAAAACCAAAUAAAUAAAUAAAUAAAUGCAAAAGAGACCAGGAUGUGAACCUAGCAUGACACAGCCCCCUUCCUGGUCUGGCUCCACCCUUGCCCGGAAGCUGCCUUUGAAAAUGCAUGCAUGGUCCACCCCCCAACACCCCCCAAAUCCUCCAGCAAUAUAAAGAUUUAGGGUACCCCAUCUGCAUUGAGGAAGGAUCUGGAGCGAUCUGAAUUCCUUCCCUGCGGCUCCCUCUUUGUGAGAUCAGCCCGGAAUGAAAAUGGAGGAGGAGCAAGACCUGGCGGGCAAGGGGACGAGGAGGAACGACCCCUGGGCACUCCAGCCCGAGACCGUCGGGGAAUUCCUUCCGAGGACGCUGGGAGAAGAGAUUAAGCAGGAACCGGACGAGGGGUCCCUGCAGCAGUGGGAGGCCCAGUGGCAAGAGUUCCUGAAGACGGUGGAAUCCCCUCCGCCGGGAUGGGUGUCCCCGAACUUGCCAGAAGAGGCCUGGGACGACACGAAGGGCUUCCUGGCCUCCUUCGAGCAAGUGGCCAAAGCCUGCCGCUGGCCCAAGGAAGAGUGGGCAGCCCGGCUCCUGCCGGCCCUCAGCGGGGAAGCCGAGCGAGCCUUUGGCAACUUGGAGGCGGCGGACAGAGAGGAUUAUGGGAAAGUGAAGGCAGCCAUCUUGCGAGGGGAUGUCACGUGGCGGGAGGAGCAGCGCCAGCGCUUCCGGCGCUUCCGCUACCAGGAGGCUGAGGGUCCUGGAGGGGCUCACAGUCGCCUCCGGGAGCUCAGCCAGCAGUGGCUGAGAGUCGAGAGCCACACCAAGGAGGAGAUCUUGGAGCUGCUGAUCCUGGAGCAGUUCCUGGCCAUCCUGCCUCCAGAGAUGCAGAGCUGGGUCAGGCCGCGCGGGCCGGAGACCUGCUCCCAGGCGGUGGCCCUGGCAGACGACUUCCUGCUGAGGCUGCGGGGAGCCAAGAAGCCGUCAAAGCAGGCAGCAUUUGAGGAGACAGAUACAAGCCGGGCCUUGUCUGAUAUCGAGCAGAAGCAACUGUGUGUGGAGGCAAAGCAGGAAGAUGACAACAGGGAGGCAAGCCUGUUGGGCGGUGAGUGGAAAAGCAAGAACGAAGGGGAGCUGUGUGGGAAUUUCUCAGGAAGAGCCAAGUGUGAAGAGCUGAAAGAGAAUUUCUGGAGCCAAGAGAGACCUGCGUCCCUCCCUCGCCUGGGUGGAGACUUCCACGAAACCCUGGUCCAAAAGGAAAACCAAACAGAAAAAAGAGGGAACGGGUGUCCCAGUGAUCACUGGGGAAUCCACAUAGAGGAGAAACAAAAUAAAACCACCAUAUUUGGGAGGGACUUUAUUGAGAGCAGACAGCUUACCAAAUGUGCAACUCUCCAGAAGGAGGAAAACUCAUAUAUAUGUCUGGAUGGUGGAGAGAGUUUCAGUCACGGUUCAGAUCUUAGAUCACAUCAAGAUGCCCCCAGAGGUGACGAACGGUAUAAAUGCUCGGACACAAACAAGAGCGUCUGUGAUCAGUCCGACCUUCCUAAACAUCCGAGAAUCCCCAAAGGGGAGAAGCAGUAUAAAUGCUUGGAGUGUGGGAAGUGCUUCGGUCGGAGCGCGCACCUAACUUCACACCAGAUAAUCCACACCGGGGAGAAACCGUACCAGUGCCUGGAGUGUGGGAAGAGCUUCGUACAGAGCGCCCACCUGGCUUCGCACCAGAUAAUCCACACCGGGGAGAAGCCCUACCAGUGCCUGGAGUGUGGGAAGAGCUUCAACAAGAGCACAAACUUCCUCAGGCACCAGAAGCUCCACAAAGGGGAGAAGCCGCACCGGUGUGCGGACUGCAGCAAGAGUUUCUCUGACAAGCCCAGCCUCAUCCAGCACCAGCGAGUCCACACCGGCGAGAAGCCCUACACGUGCUUGGAGUGCGGGAAGAGUUUCAGCCACAGGGGGAGCCUUAGCGCACAUCAGAGAAUGCACACAGGGGAGAGGCCGUAUACGUGCUCCGACUGUGGCAAGAGCUUCCGUGACCAGUCGAGCCUUAUUAGGCACAAGAGGAUCCACACCGGGGAGAAACCGUAUACGUGCUCCGAGUGCGGGAAAAGCUUCAGCCAGAGCACCAACCUGACUCUACAUCAGAGAAUCCACAAGGGAAAGAGGCCAAACAAGUGCCUUGUGUGCGGCAAAAGCUUCAGUUGCAAAUCGAGCCUGAAGGCCCAUCAGAGAGUCCACACGGGCGAGAAACCAUACAAGUGCUCUGAGUGCGGAAAGAGCUUCAUCCAAGUGUCAAACCUUACUGCACACAAAAGAACCCACACAGGGGAGAAGCCCUACACCUGCUCGGAGUGCGGGAAGAGCUUCAGCCGGAGCGACCACCUGACUUUACACCAGAGGACACACACGGGGGAGAAGCCAUACAUGUGUGCCGAGUGCGGGAAGAGCUUCAGUCAGAGCACGGACCUCACCUCACACCAGAGAAUCCACACCGGAGAGAAGCCUUACAAAUGCUUGGAGUGCGGGAAGAAUUUCAGCCGGAGUUACCGCCUCACUAUCCACCAGAGGAUGCACACAGGGGAGAAGCCGUAUAAAUGCCUGGAGUGUGGCAAGAGCUUCAGUCGGAGCGACCAUCUCACUUCGCAUAAGAAAAUGCACCCGGGGGAGAAAUCAUAAAAACGAAGCUUUUCCUACACAUAGAACAGUCACGACUAUCCUGUCUGAGAACCCUCUCACAGUGGAGAAACUGUAUAAAUGCUCAGAGUUUAGCAAAAAAAACCACCACCCUGUAACAGUGGAACCUUGGUUUUCGAAUGUAAUCCGUUCCGGAAGACCGUUCGACUUCCGAAACGUUUGAAAACCAAGGCACAAAGGCUGGCCUGCAAUUUCAAUGGAGAAAAUUUUAAAAAAACCUCAGCAGAAGCCGUUCAACUUCCGAGGCGUGUUCAAAAACAGAAGCAAUUACUUCCGGGUUUUCGGCAUUUGAAAACUGAAACGUUCAGCUUCUGAGAUGCUCGAAAACCGAGGUUCCACUGUACUUUAAAUAAAGUCUGGCGAUGUGUCUUAGAAGUUGGAUGGUGUGUGUGGGGGAGAGUUGUUUCAAAAAUUGGAAUCAAAGCAGAACAGAUCCUGAGGACAGGAAAAAUUUGAAAAUACCCUGCCAAUUCUCCAGCAAGCAAUUAAAUUGCCAAAGCAGGCAGUAUUCCAGCUGCUUUUCAGAUAUAUACUGUAAAGGUUUUGUGUCAGCCGUCACCUUAUGUAAAAACUACAUAAAAAGAGUUUUCCUUUAUUUUAUUUUUAAACAUAAUGUGCUGUUAUAUUCACCUCGUAUUUAUCUAAGCAGGCAGCAAACUCUCCUUUACAGAUCUUUCUCCUCUGGAUAGAUUUGCAUGCUGAUAUGUUAACGAGUUCAGGGUUGUUUUCAAGCAACAACAACAAUAAACAAUGUUAAAACAUUUCUCGGAGGAGGUUGUGCUUUGUGGGAGCGAUUCCCAGAGGCAGUAAUGUCUCUGAGUACCAGUCGCUAGAAACUACAGGAGGGGAGAUUUGCUGCUACACUCAGGUCCUGCUUCCAGGCUUGCCAUCAGGUCAUCUGCUCAGCCCCUGUAGGAAAAGGAUGCUGGACUAGAUGGGCCCUUGACCUGACCCAGCUGCCAUGCGCUUAUGCUCUUAUAUGUGUUAUGUGAGCUGGUUUCAGGUGGCCUGCAGCAGUAUCUGUGCAUAUGUGGUUGAAGCCAGGACGUGACAUGUUCCAUCACAUUUCCAAACAUUAAUAAUAAUAAUAAUAAUGUUAUUAUUUAUACCCCAUCCAUCUAGAUGGGUUUCCUCUGGGCGGCUCCCAACAGAAUAUUAAA